AACAACACAAACCCUACAACUUCCAUCUCUCUCUCACGCAGCCACACCCACAGUCCCAUUCCACUCGCAGCGGUGUCGUAUCACCAAAUCACCGACAUUAGCCUGUCGUUGAUUGUCCAUGAUAAGAAGCUGGGGUUAGUAAAGUGCAAUCUAUAUUCUUCUUCACGUUUCAGUACAUUAAUAUUUUCCUGGGGGGAAAUCAAGGAAAUAUUUGUUGUUUCUACGAGCAGUUGGUCCCUUACUGCUUUUGUUUUGGGCACAAAUUUUGUGACAAUUUAUCAUACAUCUUCAAUCACAUCGAUGAGAAUAAUUUGGAUUGAACAGAGUCACGGUGAACACUGAACAGGUUAUUAAAUUCUGAUGACCAUGGUUGAAGUAGUUAUGAAACAAAUGCCCUCCUGACGGCACAAGAUGUUUCUACUAUCCUGAUGAACAAAUGCUACGUGCAAAAUGAGGUUGGGGCUUUCUCCCCCGUUGUACCUUCGAUAUGAGAAUUAAUAACGGAAUGGGGAAUGUAGACUUGGGAAGAAAAGCCGAGCUGGAUCUGGCGCCACCACAUGACGCGGUCGACGUACAACUCUACCACCAAAAGUAAGCUCUCCGUGGCUCGACUUUGCCGCAGGUAAUCGGUGAUUUUUUUCUUGAAACGCCCUAUCAAUAAACGGAGGCAUUUAUACGUACAACAGCUCAAAAAGGUGAAAAUGGGAGUAGGAGAUGGAGAGCCGUUAGACAAGAAGGCGAAGAGGAUGAGAGAUCUGUUAACAAGCUUCUACUCGCCGGAUCUUUCAUCAGCAUCGCCGCCGUCAAAUGCUUCUUUCUCCAGAUUCGCUAUCCUCGACACCAUCAACGCCACAUCAUUUGACGCCGAUCACUACAUGAAUCUCCUUGUACAAAAGUCAAAUUUGGAAGAAUUUCUUAAGAAGCACGUCGAAAUGGCUUCUGAGAUAAAAAAUCUGGAUACCGACUUUGCUUUUGCGAGCCUCGAAAGAAGUAGGCCUAGAAACCUGCAAACAUUAGUAUAUGAGAAUUACAACAAGUUCAUUAGUGCUACAAAUGCAAUCAAAAGGUAAUUUUUGUGUCUAUACAAACUUUAACCAUGUUCGUAGUGAAUGUAAUUAUUCUUCUAACUGAAUAAACAUAUAUGUCGAAAAUUUAUUAAUAAAGGUCAUAAUUCUUAAUCUUAACAAGCUUGUGAAGCGCAAUAUUGAGAAUUGAGAUGAUGUCUUCUCUUUAUAUAACGUUAAACUUGUCCCCAUUUUUGGUGCGUUUAUUAUUUCUUUUUGUCAAUCUCAUUUGUUUUCUCUAUUUUUCUAAGAUGAAAAAUAAUAUAAAUAUUAUGGAAGCAAACAUGGAACAGCUUAACGAAAAGGUGUUUGGCAAGGGUCUUUUUGGUUACUAUAAAUUGUAGUUUCAAAAUAAUUUGAGAAAACAAGAAGUUGAUGAAAGCUUUUUCAAAACAAAAUUCAUCGUAACUGUUGCAGAUUCUGUCCGUGCAAUCUAAAAUUGAUGGGGUCAAUACUUCACUUUUUGCUAAAAGACAGCAUGUAGAGAAGCUGCAUUGCACACGCAAUUUAUUGCGGAAAGUUCAAGUAAUGUAAUGAGUACCAAUCUAUCUUUGUGUUGAAUUUCCUGCUACAAAAUAGCCCAUUGUUAAUUUUGGCAAAAUAAAGAAAAUGUGACUUGUAUAAAAGAAGGAACACGGCUGACUGACUCAUUUUGGUCUCUUCUUUACUUCGAGAGUUUGAGCAGUAUGAUUAAAUUAGAAAGAAGCAUCUUCUUGUUAUGAGAUACUCUGAAUUAGAGAAUUUGCAUGAUUGAAGAAUAAGAUUUCAACAUUGUCAUUUUCUUUGAACUUGUAAUUGUUUCCACCAUUGAAGAUAGAUUUUUGCAUGUUUUACACAUCCUGUAAAUUCUGCAUCUAUGAGUUAGCACAGAUUUCAUCUUGUGUGAAAAGAGUAGUUUAUUUAUGAUCUAUAGACAAGACUUGAGAAGUGUAUCAAAUCGGAAGCCUAUUCAGAUGCUGUCAAGUUCUACACUGGAGCCAUGCCAAUUUUCAAGAAAUACGGGAACUCUUUCUUCGGGGACUGUAAGCGGGCAUCGGAAGAAACGGUUGAGACUCUGAAGCUUAAAUUGUUCGAGAAGUUGGAACAGUUCCUUUUCAAUUUGCAUUUUGAAUCUAAGGACCUAAAAGAUGCUUUAGCAGAUGAUGAAUUUCCUAACCAAGGAAAAGCCAAUGUUUCAGCUUUUGCUGCUGCUCAUGAAGCUUCUAUUCGUGAAUUUACUGAAGCUCUUUGUGCUUAUAGAGUGAUCUUUUUGCGUUCAGAACACAACUAUUUAAACUUGCACAGGACCUUGUUACGAAGGAAUUCAAAGCCACUCAUAUACAUAUUAAGAAGCAGCUCUGCUCUACAAAUAUUCUGGCGAUCCUUCGCUGCUCUUAUUGAUGUUAAAGAUUUUAUCACCAGUGCAGUAAGUCAUCUUCUACUUGAUAUUUCAGAUACUUUCUCAAAAAUCCAAAGUAUACAAAAGGAGAGAACAGAGGAAGUAUACCCUUUGAAGGUAACCUUCGAGGCCCGCAAAAAGGCAGUUAUCCAAGGCAGUAUGGAUGUCUUACUGGACUUCCAUCGCCUUCUAACUGAAAAUUCUGAAUUAUUAUUGGAGUUGAGAGGCUACGCAAUGGACUGGGUCCAAGAAGCGUUUCAAGAUUUCUUCAGGAAAGUUCAUGACUAUUUCCUUUUGCUUUGUGGAAGAGUAUCUCUGCCAGUCAAGAUCGAAAUCAGAUAGGAGUACCAGGUGAAAGAAUUCCCGCUGGGUUUGUUCUUGUAGUGACUCAAUUAUACCAUUUUAUUGAAAAAAGUGCCGUCCUAAGAAUUUCUGAGGCAAGGAACCAACUCUGAGUUGUUUCCUAGUCAUUAAAUUAAAUAAACACAAUCAUAUAUUCCUCAAUACAAUCAGUUCCACCUGUGAACGUUGUACUCAAAAUUUCAGGAAAUAGCAUCUUCUUUCUCUGGUGGCGGUGUUCGAGGCUGUGAAUAUGGUCCAGCUUUUGUUCCUGCAGAAAUUUGUUGUACCUUUCGCGGGCACAUGGUGAAAUGUACUUGCACCUUUAUAUGAAGAUGAGAACUCAAAGAAUGGCUAUCAUCUUGAAGAAGAGGUUUACAACACCGAAUUGGGUCAAGCACAAAGAACCCAGAGAAGUACAUAUGUUUGUCGAUCUACUUCUUCAGGAGGUAUUUCCAUAGUCAUAAUUUCAUGCUCAUUUUUUUUUCUUUUUAUUUAUGGUAAGGAUUUUGUCAAUUUUCCUUCUAUAUUAUUUCCGUAUGUUGAUUCCUGCUAUCAGUGCCAAUAAAUAUUACAACCUAAACUAGUUCAAAAACUAAAGUUUCUUUAUUGGUCCCAUAUAUAGUUUGAAGUAAUAGGAACCGAAGCAAAACAAAUUUUGCCCCCCACGGCCUUCAUCAUAAACAUCGACGCACUGACAGCAAUGGGAGCAUGACAUGCUCAUGCAGCAGUACAUUUAGAGACAAUAGGAUGAGCUGGUCAAAUACUCACAAGGCUAGGAGCCAGCUUCUGGAGACGCAUCUAGCAAAAUUAUUUAAGCAAAAAAUGGAGAUUUUCACAAAACUAGAGAACACACAAGUUUGGUCACUUGCUGUAGAUAAAUAAGGUCUAUUUGUAUGGUGAUAAAAGUAAUACUAGAUUGCUAUUACUUUGCAGGAAUCUGUCAUAACAACUAUAGCAAAACUUUCUUUGAAGAGUUUGCUUGAGUUAGUCAUAUUCCAAACCUUCAAUCAGAGUGGAUUCCAUCAAAUUCAGUUGGAUAUUCAGUUUUUGAAGUCUACUUUAAAGGAUAUUGCCGAGGAUGAAGCUGCAAUUGAUUUCUUGCUUGAUGAGGUAAGAAGCCAAAUCUUUGUUAAAUCAUUAUGUGACACUUUCAUGUCCAACUCUACGAAGCUAGGUUGUUUCCAACUUGAAUUGGUGACAAAAAAAUUAAAGCAAUAUAUGUUUCCUCACAAUUAAACAAAGUUAAGAAUAUUUCGACUUAGUUGUAAGUCCACCCUAAGUAUAGUACUUUGCUAUUUGACUUCCCCCGAGCUUCUGAUAGCAAAGUUUGAGAAUGGGAUGGGUUCAUUGCCCGUGCAAUUGUACCGAAAGUUUGUGGACCAACUUGUUCCUCUUUAAAAGUUGAGACAAUAGGUUGGUGACCAAUGGAGCAAUUCCCCUUUUACAAACAAUAUAUAAAUGGAGGAAGAUUCAAAGUUCAAUACCAAGUAUUCUAUGAUUAUCUUUUUCAUUGAUUUAAACGAAUACUUUCAAAAAGUUUCUUCUUUGACUUCUAUAACUAGGUAAUAAGUGUUGUGUAUUUG